AUGGCGACAUUUACGCGCAUCCUCGCGCUCGCGACAUCCCUCGCUGUUGCUACGGUGAGCGCGACUACGAUUGCGGAAAUCAAUGGGCCCAAGUUUCUCUCGCCGCUGAGAGAGCAGACGGUGUCCAAUGUCAGCGGUAUUGUGACCGCCAAGGGCCCAGAUGGUCUUUGGAUGCGCUCGACGGAGCCGGAUCACGACGAGCGGACCUCGGAAUCCCUCUACGUUUUCAGCCGCACGUUUGGCGCAAACUUGACUGUCGGCGAUGCCAUUGUCGUGCAGGGCCGAGUCCUCGAGUUCAGGAACAAUCGGGAUUUCCUCUUCUUGACUGAGCUCGCUGACCCGGUCCUCGAACGCAGACUCAGCCGCGGAAACCAGGUUGCUGCCCUCGUCCUCGGACUGGAUACACGAGCACCGCCGACGGAGCAGUACAGCAGUCUAGACGGCGGCGAUGUCUUUGCAGUCCCCAACAAUGUCUCCCUCGUCAGCGUCGCCAAUCCCGAUCUUCAACCCAACCAAUUCGGCCUCGAUUUCUGGGAAUCCCUGGCCGGCGAGCUUGUAACCGUCAGGAAACCUACUGCGCUGACAAAGCCCAGCCGGUUUGGCGAUACCUGGGUUGCUGGAGAUUGGAAGGUCACGGGCAAGAACGCUCGCAAUGGAUUGACCAUGACGGAUCGAGACGCCAACCCAGAGGCCAUCAUCAUCGGUACGCCGCUCGACGGGACCAGGAACCCUACCACUACAAAGAUGGGCGACACAAUCGAGGACAUUACGGGAGUCGUCUCGUACGCGUUUGGAUUCUACCGAAUCCUCCCGUUGACGGCCAUCAAGGUCACCAGCAGUCUGCAGCCGACUCUGCCGUCUCCAACCACACUCGAGUCGAGUGGAAAGUGCAAUGGCAUCACUUUUGGCGCCUACAAUGUCGAGAACCUGGCUCCGAAUUCGACUCACCACCCUUUCCUGGCCGAACACAUUGUCAACUAUAUGAAGAGUCCAGAUAUCAUAUUUGUGCAGGAGGUACAGGAUGACAAUGGUCCUACCAACGAUGCUGUGGUAUCCGCAAACCUGACGUUGAGCACUCUGACAGCUGCCAUUGCAGCGGCCGGUGGUCCAAACUAUGCCUUCACGGAUAUUGCACCAGUAGAUGACAGAGAUGGUGGUCAGCCUGGAGGCAACAUUCGUACGGCCUACCUCUACAAACCUUCGCUCAUUCGUCUCUACAAGCCCAAUCCAGGUGGCGCAUUGGACGCAAACCAAGUGCUUGAUGGCCCAACACUGAGGUUCAAUCCCGGAAGUAUCGAUCCUACCAACGAGGCAUGGACGGCAAGUCGCAAGCCGCUCGCCGCACAGUGGGAGGUAAUUGGCAACCAGCAAGGAAACCAACCCGACGUCUUCUUCACCGUCAACGUUCAUUUUGGGUCCAAGGGAGGAAGCAGCAGUCUUCAUGGCGAUGCCCGCCCUCCUGUCAACGGAGGAGUAGACGACAGACUCGCCCAAUCACAAAUCACGGCGAACUUUGUCAAGGAAAUCCUGACCAAGGACAAGAAUGCUCACAUCAUCACGGCAGGUGACUUCAAUGAGUUUGCCUUUGUCGAGCCGUUGGAGCAAUACGUCAACAUCUCUGGACUGCAGGACUUGGAUGCCGUCGCCAAGCUACCCGAAUUGGAGCGUUACACCUACCUCUUCGACAUGAAUGCCCAGCAGCUCGACCACAUCUUUGUAUCGGACGCGGUUGCAAAGGGCCAGGAUGCCCAAUAUGAGCAUAUUCAUGUCAAUACGUGGCCGGAGGAUGCUGCGCAGGCAAGCGACCACGACCCGUCCGUGGCUAGAUUAGACGUCUGCGCGUAA